GUACAAUGCUCCAGUCAAUAAUCUCUGCGGUCACUGGCGAGAAGUCGGAUCCUAGCGAUCUGCAGCUAGCAAACUACAAGAAAUCAAACAACCCAAAAGUGCUUAACAUGUCGAACGGCUGUCCAAUCUUCGACAAACGAAAUUCUCUUACUGUUGGACCGCGUGGACCUCAACUUAUGGAGGAUAUUGUUUAUUUGGAUGAGAUAACUCAUUUCGAUCGUGAACGUAUUCCAGAGAGAGUCGUGCACGCUAAAGGAGCAGGAGCCCAUGGCUAUUUUGAAGUCACACACGACAUAACCAAAUACUGCAAAGCAGAUUUUUUGAAUAAGAUCGGCAAGCGAACGCCAGUUUUUGUGCGAUUCUCUCCUGUUGCCCUCGAGUCGGGAGCAGCUGACACUUAUAGAGAUUUGCGUGGAUUUGCCAUGAAAUUCUACACAGAGGAAGGCAACUGGGACAUGGUCGCCAACAACACUCCAAUUUUCUUCGUCCGUGAUCCGUUUGAUUUUCCAAACUUCAUUCAUGCUUUGAAGAGAAAUCCACAAACUCAUCUCAGGGAUAUGAACGCAUUAUUUGAUUUCUUGGGCAAUCAUCCGGAAAGCACUCAUCAGGUGUUGUUCCUGAUGUCUGAUCGAGGAACACCUGAUGGAUACCGCCAUAUGCACGGGUACGGUUCGCAUACGUUCAAGCUGAUCAACGCUGCAGAUGAAGCAGUUUGGUGCAAAUUUCACUUUUUGACAGACAACAUCAAGAACCUUACGGCAGGAGAAGCCAGACGUCUAGUCGGAGAAGAUCCUGAUUACUCUCUUCGUGACUUGUACAACGCCAUUGACAAAGGUGAUUACCCAGAAUGGACCCUUUACAUCCAGGUGAUGACAUUGGAGCAGGCUGAUAAUUGGGAAAUGAAUCCGUUUGAUCUCACGAAGGUUUGGCCGCAUGCUGAUUUCCCGAUGAUACCAGUCGGCAAGUUGGUCUUGAACCGAAACGUGGAGAACUACUUUGCCGAGGUUGAGCAAGCUGCCUUUUCUCCAUCCCACCUUGUUCCUGGAAUUGGUUUCUCCCCUGAUAAAAUGCUCCAAGGACGAAUAAUCUCUUACCCAGAUACCCAAUAUCAUCGACUCGGUCCCAACUACAAACAAAUCCCUAUUAAUUGUCCAUAUCGUGCUCGUCCCUCGAAUACCCAACGUGAUGGUCUCAUGACUAUUGCCAGUCAAGGCAACGCCCCAUCUUACUUCCCGGACAGUUUCAAUGGGCAUGUCGAGUAUAAUAAACGUAUAGAGCAUGUGUACAAUUUGCACGGGCAAGUAAAUCGCCAUCCUUUCAAUCCCGAUGACGAUUUUGUACAGCCAAGAGAGCUCUGGCGACGGGUAUUGAAAGAUGAGGAAAAAGCUCGAUUGAUUGAAAAUACUGCCGGAAUGCUGAAAGAUGCCUCAUCAGUCGUCCAAGAAAAGUUCCUGGAGAAUUACCGGAAGGUUGACCCUGCGCUCGCUGAAGGAGUGAAAAAGGCUGUCGCAAAACUAAUUGCCAAUAAGCAAAUGAUCCAGUCGAUUAUCUCUGCGAUCAAAGGCGAAUUGCCGGAUCUUAGCGAUCUACAGCUGGCAGAUUAUAAGAAAGAAAAUAACCCAAAGGCGCUUAACAUGUCGAAUGGCUGCCCAAUAUUCGACAAACGAAAUGCUCUCACCGUUGGAUCAUGUGGACCACAGCUAAUGGAAGAUAUAAUCUAUUUGGAUGAGAUAACUCACUUUGAUCGUGAACGAAUUCCAGAGCGAGUCGUGCAUGCUAAAGGAGCUGGUGCUCAUGGCUACUUCGAAGUUACACACGACAUUACCAAAUACUGUAAAGCAGCCUUCUUGAACAAGAUCGGCAAACAAACACCGGUAUUCGUGCGAUUCUCUCCUGUUGCACUGGAAUCAGGAUCUGCUGACACUGUCAGAGAUUUGCGUGGGUUUGCCAUGAAAUUCUAUACGGAGGAAGGCAACUGGGAUAUGGUCGCUAACAACACUCCAAUCUUUUUUGUUCGUGAUCCACUCGAUUUUCCGAACUUUAUCCAUGCUUUGAAGAGAAAUCCACAGACUCAUCUUAGGGACAUGAAUGCCUUGUUUGAUUUUUGGGCUAAUCAUCCAGAAAGCACUCACCAGGUGCUGUUUCUUAUGUCUGAUCGAGGAACUCCUGAUGGCUAUCGUCAUAUGCACGGAUACGGCUCGCAUGCGUUCAAGCUGAUCAACGCUGACGAUGAAGCAGUUUGGUGCAAAUUCCACUUCUUGACAGACAACAUCAAGAACCUUACGGCAGAAGAAGCCAGGCGUUUAGUCGGACAAGAUCCUGACUACGCUAUUCGUGACUUGUAUAACGCCAUUGCUAAAGGAGAUUAUCCCGAAUGGACCCUUUACAUCCAAGUGAUGACAAUGGAGCAGGCUGAUAAGUGGACGAUGAAUCCAUUUGAUCUAACCAAGAUUUGGCCACAUGCUGAAUAUCCGAUGAUACCCGUUGGCAAAUUGGUCCUGAACCGAAACCCUGAAAACUAUUUUGCCGAGGUAGAACAAGCAGCAUUCGCCCCAUCUCAUCUCGUCCCCGGAAUCGGCUUCUCCCCGGAUAAAAUGCUUCAAGGACGUAUACUCUCAUAUGUAGACACUCAGUAUCAUCGACUUGGUCCCAAUCAUAAACAAAUCCCAAUCAACUGCCCGUAUCGUGCUCGUCCCCAAAACACACAACGUGACGGUCUCAUGACUAUUGAUAGCCAAGGUAACGCCCCAUCCUAUUUCCCGGACAGCUUUAACGGGCAUGUCGAGCACAAGGAAAGAAUUGAACAUGUAUACAAUUUGCAUGGACAAGUAAAUCGUCAUGCUCCAUAUACGGAUGAUGAUUUCGUGCAACCAAGGGAGUUCUGGCAACGGGUAUUGAAAGAUGAUGAAAAGGCUCGAUUGAUUGAAAACACUGCUGGUAUGUUAAAAGAUGCCUCCUCAGUCGUUCAAGAACGCUUCCUCGAGAAUACGUACGCGAAGGUAGACCCUGCUCUGGCUGAAGGAGUGAAGGAGGCAGUCGCAAAGUUAAUUGCCAAUAAGAAGGAAUUAGCUCACUCAAAUGUUUGA